AUGACAGAUUUUAUGGAAUCAAUAGAAAGUGACGAUACCUUUGGAGGUUUCCAUGUAUGCCCAGAGGGACUGAUACCAUUAAACCUAGAAAACUAUAACAACAACCUGAGGCAUGGCGCAAAAUUUUGUAUGAAAGAGAAGAUAAGGAGUACUGCCAUAAAAAGACAUCAUUACCCUCUCCCAAUGCAGCGACUGGUAGCAAUGCAUAGUAUCUGGUCAAGGAGAGAAUUCUGGGAUGGUGCCUAUGAGAACAUACAGUGGCCACCAUGUAAUUACCAACCACAACGAGUCCCAAAUCCACCAAGUGAUAAUGAGGAAUUUGCUCAGGAGCCUACUAAUGAGCCUACUUGGGAGCCUACUGAGUCAAUCGGAUCAGUCAUUAGGCCUAUAGAGGUUCAGUCACCACCCGAAAUGGCUGAAUCUGGAAAUGAGUUCAAUGGAAAUGCUGGAGUAAUCUUAGCCAUUCAGGAUAUGGCUUCAGCAAUUAGAGAAAAUAGUAACCAAGAUCACCGUCAUGAAACUGAAGAAGAUCGAGUUAUGAGAAUACAAGGACAAUUCCGUAAGACGAAACCAACAAUAUUUAAAGGUGAACCAAAUCCUAUGGCAGCUGAAGAAUGGUUGAGGCAAAUUAAGAGAAAGAUGGAUAAUCAAAGAAUUCCUGCAGACAUUAGAGUUGUUAUUGCUUGUACCUAUCUGGAAGGACAAGCAUACCUUUGGUGGGAGUCAAUUCUGAGUAUGCCAGAUAUUGAAAUUACAACUUGGGAGGCAUUCGAAAGUGUUUUCUUGGAAAAAUAUUUUCCAAGUACUAUGAAAGCAAUGAAAGCAAGGGAGUUUGUUAACCUUGUCCAAGGCAACUUAACUGUUGAUCAAUAUCAAUCUAAGUUUGAAGAACUCAUGCGUUUUGCACCAUAUAUGAUCCCUGAUGAUGCAACAAAAGCAAAACGAUUUGAAGAAGGAUUGAGACCAUCAAUUUUGGAAAAGGUUGACAUUUUGAAAUUAAGCAAGUAUGCUGAUGUGGUUGAUAGAGCACAUAUAGCAGAGCAAAGACCCGAAACAAAGAGAACUUGGGAUUCAAGUAGUGGACAAGUAAAUAAACGGACAAGAUUUAAUACUCCUCAAUCACAAGAAAAGUUCGGACCACCACUAUGUUAUUACUGCAAACAAGUGGGACAUGUAAAGAGAUUUUGUCCACAACUACAAAGAUAUCAAGGACCUCAAGUACAGCAGACAUUAUAUCGUCCUCCACAAGUACCUUUUCGUGCUCCGCUGCCACCUCAAAGUUAUACUACUUAUCAACCUCAGUCUAACUGGGCAAGGCCAGUUACUAGUCAAUCAUCACAACAUCCAGGAGGACAAUCUUCCCAAAUUAGACCAAGGGUCCCUGCAGUUGGAAAGAAAUCUGGAUCAUUCACACAAGGAAGAGUAUAUGUUAUGGGAAAUGUGACAGAUCAAACUGAGCCUAAGACAAUAGAAGGUAUGUUUUUGGUAUUCAACUCUUGGGCUAAAGUGUUAUUUGAUUGUGGAGCUACACACUCUUUUAUAUCCACAUCUUUUGCAUCAAUACUUGAGUUAGACUCUGAAAAUAUGAAACCUUCUUUGUUAAUUGGAUCUCCUUUGGGUGGUAGUCUAGAAGUUGAUAAAGUAUGUAGAUCUUGCAUGAUAGAGAUGUCGGGCCAUAAAAUUGUUGUUGAUUUGAUGAUAUUGGAAAUGUUGGAAUAUGAUAUUAUUUUAGGAAUGGACUGGCUUACACGUUACCAAGUUACAAUUGAUUGUGGUAAAAAGAGAAUUAUCAUCAAUACUCAUAAGGAAGAAACCUUUAGCUUCUUUGUGAAAAAGGAAAGCCAGAAAUAUGGUGUUGGAGAUUAUAAAUAUUUGAGUCAGAUAGCUAGAAUCGGAACUGAAGAAGUAGAAACAUCUCCAAUACAACUUAUUCCUGUGGUAAAGGAAUUUAGCGAUGUUUUUCCAGAAGAAUUGCUCGGCUUACCUCCAGAGCGCGAAGUAGAGUUUGCUAUAGAAAUAUAUCCAGAUACAACACCUAUUUCUAUACCUCCUCAUCGCAUGGCCCCAGCUGAACUGAAAGAACUUAAGAUACAACUCCAAGAAUUACAAGCAAAAGGAUAUAUCCGUCCUAGUACUUCACCAUGGGGUGCACCUGCUCUCUUUGUGAAAAAGAAAGAUUUAACUCUUCGAAUGUGUAUCGAUUAUCGUCAAUUAAAUAGGGUCACCAUAAAGAACAAAUAUCCUUUACCUAGAAUUGACGAUUUAUUCGAUCAGUUAAGAGGUUCUCAUUUCUUUUCAAAAAUUGAUCUUCGAUCUGGCUAUCACCAACUUCGAGUUAAAGCUGAAGAUAUACCCAAAACAGCUUUUCGAACUCGAUAUGGGCAUUAUGAAUUUGUAGUUAUGCCUUUUGGAUUGACAAAUGCACCAUCAGCUUUUAUGGAUAUGAUUAACCGAAUUUUCCGACCUUAUUUAGAUCAGUUUGUCAUCGUAUUCAUUGACGAUAUUCUAAUAUAUUCCAAAUCUCAGGAAGAACAUGAGGAACAUUUACGAAUCGUUUUACAAACAUUAAGAGAAAAUCAAUUGUAUGCAAAGUUGAAUAAAUGUGAAUUCUGGUUGAGACAAGUAAAGUUUUUAGGACAUGUAAUUUCCAAUGAAGGUGUUUCAGUUGAUUCUUCCAAAGUUGAGGCAGUGUUGAAUUGGAGUCAACCAAAGAAUAUCUCGGAGAUACGUAGUUUCCUUGGGUUAGCUGGCUAUUAUAGGAGAUUUAUCAAGGAUUUUUCUCGAAUAGCUGCACCAAUGACCAAGCUGACCCAGAAAGGAGUGAAAUUCAUAUGGACUCAAGAAUGUGAAAAGUCAUUCCAAGAAUUGAAAACUCGAUUGACUACCGCACCAAUACUGAUUAUUCCUGAACGGGACCUAGGGUAUGUGGUUUACACUGAUGCAUCUAAACAAGGGCUAGGAUGUGUUUUGAUGCAAGCUGACAGAGUAGUAGCUUAUGCUUCUCGUCAACUGAAAAAUCAUGAAAGAAAUUAUCCAACACAUGAUUUGGAGUUAGCAGCAAUUGUCCAUGCUUUAAAAACUUGGCGACAUUAUCUGUAUGGUGAAAGAUUUGAGCUUUACUCUGAUCAUAAAAGUUUGAAAUAUCUUUUCACUCAGAAAGAGCUUAACCUGAGACAAAGACGAUGGAUGGAAUACUUAGAAGAUUACGAUUUCGGUCUACAUUAUCAUCCUGGAAAGGCUAAUAUAGUGGCAGAUGCUCUAAGUAGGAAUACACAUGGAUUUGUAGCAGGACUACAAAUUCAGAAAUGGAAGAUGAUGAAUUGUAUUCAAGAUUAUAAUUUACAUGUGAACGUACUUGAGCAUGGUGCUUAUCUUUAUAACCUGGUAACAAGACCAACUUUGCUAGGAAAAGUUGUUGAAAAACAACAAGAGGAUAACUCCUGUAAAUCAAUUCAAGAACAUAUUUUGAAUGGAGAUAAAAUAGAAGGUUGGACCUUUCAUGAAGAAGAUGGUUUAAGGUAUUUAGGUAAAUUAUAUGUACCUGAAAUUCCAGAAUUAAAGAAUGAAAUUCUUCAUGAAGCUCAUUACUCGUCCUACACUAUUCAUCCCGGAAGUACAAAAAUGUAUCAGGAUUUACGUCGUCAGUUUUGGUGGAAUGGUAUGAAGAAAGAUGUAGCCAUUUUUGUCUCAAAAUGUUUAACCUGUCAGCAAGUGAAAGCUGAACAUCAGAAACCCGCUGGCCCUCUUCAACCUUUACCUGUUGCACAAUGGAAAUGGGAUCAUAUCACAAUGGAUUUUGUCACAGGUUUACCACGAUCACCAAGAGGUAAAGAUGCAAUAUGGGUUAUUGUAGAUCGUUUAACCAAGUCUGCACAUUUCAUAUCAGUCAAAACGACAGAUUCCACAGAGACUCUUGGGAAAUUAUAUUCAAGAGAUACAUUAGGAAGUCAAUUGAAUUUUAGCAGUGCAUUUCAUCCCCAAACUGAUGGACAAUCAGAAAGGACUAUUCAGAUUUUAGAAGAUAUGUUAAGAGCUUGUGUUUUGGAUUUUCAUGGAACUUGGGAAGAUCAUCUUGCUCUGGCAGAAUUUGCUUAUAACAACAGUUUUCAAUCCAGCAUCGGAAUGGCACCAUACGAAGCACUCUAUGGUAGACCAUGUAGAUCACCUUUAUGUUGGGCGGAAGCAAGUGAAACUGUGUUAUUAGGACCUGAUUUGGUACAAGAAACAACAGAGAAGAUCAAAACUAUCAGACAACGCUUGCUUACAGCUCAGUGUCGGCAAAAGAAUUAUGCUGAUAGAAGAACAAGGCCAUUGAAGUUUAAUAUUGGGGAUCAUGUAUUCCUUAAAGUUUCACCUCGAAAGGGAGUUAAAAGAUUUGGAAAGUCUGGAAAAUUAGCCCCACGAUUCAUUGGACCUUUUGAAGUACUACAACGGAUUGGGGAAGUAGCUUACAAGUUAGCACUACCACCUCAAUUUUCGAAUGUUCAUAAUGUAUUUCAUGUUUCUAUGCUUCGAAAAUAUGAACCGGAUCCAGCACAUAUUUUAGAUUGGGGAGAACUAAACAUAGAUGAGCAAUUAUCUUUUGAGGAAAGACCAAUACGGAUAUUAGAUCAUAAAGAACAAGUGUUGCGAACGAAGACUAUUCCACUAGUCAAAAUCCUUUGGUUACAUGGAAAUACAGAAGAGGCUACAUGGGAAUUAGAACCUGAGAUGAAAGAAAAAUAUCCAGAACUUUUUCUUUGA